UUAAGCCGUCUUCAAGGCGUCAUGUUCUAUCUGGGUAUAUUCUAAUCUUCGUUCCACCUGAUUGUUUCCAAUGCUUUGGCCCGUGUCACUGUGAUGAAUUAUCAAUGAUCUAAAGCUAAAAUGGUACCCGCGGCGAUUGUGUCCAUUUUUACACCUGUUCGUCCACACGAAAUGGUAAUCCACCGGUGGUUCCGCCCCCGUCAGCCGUUCCCUGGGGCACAAAGCUACGUUUACGGGGGGGCCGUUAGUGUGACGGAAACCCCACCUGGUAUAUACGCAAGCGACAAGAACAGGUCAAUCGCGUGCGAUCAGUCGAACGUGCAGGAUCGCCGAGCGAUCCAUCGACGAUCGAGUGUCGCUUUUGUAUCUUCUUGUCUCCGCAGUUCGCCGUGCAACACUCUGAUAACGGUCGCUCCCGCGAGCCCGCUUCUUGUCCGCGCACGAAAUCACUGGAGAAGAACGUUCCCGCCGUUUGGUUCUAUCGUUAGGAACUGGUCGAGAAACGCGCAGGUUCCUCAGGCCCGUGACGUGUGGGAGACGACCGGCAGCAGAGAGACGCGAAAAAAAUAGUGUUUCCCUUCUCGCGAAACGGUGAGAACACUCGCCACGGUUUCGUGUUUCGCACAGACUCCAAGGGACUAGUUCACGUCAGAUGGAUAUGUUGUUGUUGGUUCGACAAGUGCACAAAAUGGGACGAGGAUUCGGCAGUCCGAUUCUACCGCUCACCGAGCUUUGCCUUUUAAUAUUGAUUGCACAGAAUGUUCACGCGUAUCCGUACCAAGCCGACGGGAUCGAGGACGCUGACCAGUUUCUUGACACUGUAAAGGAAUCACAGACGACCGUGAAUUUUGUAGGACCGUUUCCCGAAAUUUCGCGAAAAUUCGGAACCGAUCGUGCACGAAGAAACGAACCGGGGAUACUCGUUGGAGAACCUUUCGAGGACGAUGAGCCACGCGAACCCGAGGAACGGUUCGACAACAAUGGCCGAUUGAACGGAAGGGUCCGCAGGGGUGCUCCAGACACGCCUACGAAAACCUUGGGCAGAGGUUUUACAGGCCACUCAAUAGAAGAUACUGAAAAUGCGCAGCUAGAUGGUAAGAUCGUGUUUCCUGAAGACUUUGAUCGGGUGCCCGUUUGCAAAGGGUCCACGUAUUGCGAGAAGGUAGACUCCUAUCCUGAGAACAUAGUAACCAACGCGAUCCAACAAAACGAGAGCCUUAGGUACUUGGCAGGUGUAGACGUGGUGUCCGACAUAGCGCAGAGGAUCGACGUGAUGGACGACGUGCCCCUUUGUGUAUCUUCCGAGCAAGUUAUAUUUCCUCAAACGGCCGAGAACAAGGACAAUCAAUGGAAGUACAUUGCAAAUCAAGAGAACUUCAAGCAGGGUGUACGAAUUGAAAAGUGCAACAAAGAGAACACUAGGUGCAGCGUGAUCGGUGGUCCCGGCGAGGGCUACAAAACCAGCUGCAGACAGAAGUACGUUUACAGACAACUCGCGGCAGUAUUGUCGGAUGGCACGGUGAUCCCGGAUACGUUCAAGUUUCCAUCGAGCUGCUGCUGCCACGUAACGUUCAUCGGAAGUCCCCUGACGAGAUUGGGUGUCACGAGCAUCGGGGAAGAGAGAAGUCACGCGACACCGGCAAAGACGCGCAGGAGGAAAUGAACGUUUCGGAGCCGCGUAACAAGAGGAAGCACGAAUGUGUAGUUCUGUUAAAGAACGAAAUCUCUUUGACUCUCAGAGAGACUCUGGACAAAUAUGCAUUUAGAGCACAUUUACAUUGUUAAUAGCGGAAUGCAUUCCAUAGAUUGGAGUACGAAUUAUUAUUAUAAGAUUCUUGGAAACGCACAAGAAUCGAGAUGUCUGAAACAUGUACGCAUCGAUACUGAGUGCAAGCUGAUUUGUAAAUACCGAGAUCGCGUUUUUUCUUUUUUUUUUUGGCAAGCUAUCCUAAUUCUUUUGUAAAUAUCGAGAUCUCUUUUCUAUUAUUUAGCUCACAGACUCUACUACUGGGCGGCUGUAUCCGUUUACCAAUUUAUGCGUCGGUUUUUGAUACAACAAUACAUAUAUAUAUAUAUAUAUAUACAAGAAUAUAUAUAAAAAAAAAAU